GGCGCGCGGGCAGCCCCGCCCUGCUCGCCGCGGCCAAUGGCGGCGCCGGGAGGUGUCACGUGGGGCGGCGGGCGCCGCCGUGAGGGGCUGGCGGGGCCGGUGGGGCUCAGACCGGCGGGAGCUGCAGCCAUGUUCGGGGGUCUGGGCCGCUGCUUCGAGGAGGAUCCGUUCUUCCGCGAUCCGUUUGCUGCACACCAUGAGUACAUGCGGCAGAUGAUGAGAAGCUUUUCUGAUCCUUUUGGCCGAGAUCCAUUUCUCAGCAUAACAGAUGGUGGGGAGAGAACAGGAGAUCGGAGAGUGCGCCAGGACUCUCAGGUUGCUCGAAGAGGAAAUCGCAGAGCAACGAGCUGCUCCCUCAUGCCCUUUGCAGGCUUUGGGAGAAUGCAGGAUGCAGAUUUUGGAGAACCUUUUUUUGCAAUGGACAGGAUGAUGUCCAAUAUGAGGAACAGCAUGCUGGAGAUGCAAAGGAAAUUUGAUGACCUGUCCAUCCAUCCAGACGCCCACACGUUCAGCUCCUCCUCCGUGAUGACGUACUCCAGAGUGGGGGACGAACCACCAAAAGUUUUCCAGGCUUCGGCUCAGACACGCACCGCGCCGGGAGGCGUUAAGGAGACAAGAAAAGCACUUAAAGAUUCUGAAACCGGACUGGAAAAAAUGGCUAUUGGCCAUCACAUUCACGACCGGGCCCAUGUCAUUAAAAAAUCAAAGAACAGCAAGACCGGUGAUGAGGAACUGAACCAAGAGUUCAUCAACUUGGAUGAAACUGAGGCGCAGACCUUUGAUGAAGAGUGGCAGAAAGAGAUUAUGAAGUUCAGACCAUCCAGAACUAGGUGCAAUUUGGAAGCUCCAAAGUACAGAAGCAUUCAUCACAUACCCAAGGAAGAUGGGUCAAAAAGAGAGAAACCGCUUGCGGCUUCCAGGGAGCACAGAGCUUCUCCGGAGAAUCUCAGUGUGAGAGGAACACACGUCCCCAUCAAAAGCAGCAAAAAAUAAACGGUUUCCAUUCCCCAUUUGAAUGGAGUUUCUUCAGAGAAGAUAAUGGUGCUGCGUUGCUUAUGUUCAUAUAUGUGCAUAUACACGUAUAUCUGACCAAUCUCUGUUUUUUGUUGAAGUAUUAGCGUGCCUUGCUACUCCCAUCCUUUGACAACUGACUGUUCUUUAAAUGUUCUUUAAAACUCCAGAUCCUUGGUUAACCAGUCUAGUUUCAGUAAACUUAAAAACCCAACAACUUUCUACUUAAAAGCACUUUAAUGGAUUAUCACUCAUUCUAUUUUUUGUUUUAGAAAUGCCCUGAUUAGCAAGAGUUUUCUGCUACAACUGCACCAAUCUCAGACUUUUUAUUAAGCCUGAUAAUGCAGCUACUUCUUCCCACACUCUGACUUGCACAGAAAGUAAAUUAUCUCACUUUGUGUGGCUGAAAUAAUUAUUAAUUUUCUAGGUGACAACAGCAAUUAAUAGUAAUUUGAAUACACUAUACCCACUAUCUGUAUCUCCCUCUAAAAUCUUACUGUAAACUGUUGUAGAAUCCCCAGACUCAUGUUGAUUUAACAUGAAGAAAAGUCAGAGGAAAUGCUAAAAUGACAAAACCAUUAAACUUUAGUUAAUUGGCAUUCUCAUGUUCAUAAGCUGUGCUUUCAUCUCUUAAUUUCUGUGCCUGGACUGUCAGUUUUGUAUUUCUGAUCCUUCGUGUAUUUCCUUUGGAGGUGACCUGUUAUUUUUAAUUCAUAAAGAUCCUCUGUAGUAGCUGUUGAUCAUUCUGUAAUAAUACCACUGUGUCCUCAAACCCAGCUCUAACUAUUAGUUCUUAAUCAGAAAAAUGUGGGAGAAAUUGGUUGAGCAGGCAGUAGGUGAACUGGAUAAUGAAUGAUUACACCACUUCCCCCUCAGCUGAGAUGACGUGUUUGUAUUUUGUGUGUGUCCUGUUUUAGUGGCUGUAGAAUGAUCCUAAAUCCAACACUUGACCUCCCUGGACGUUGUUUGGUUAAAGGUUCUGAUUUUCUAGAGAAAAAACAACUGUGGGAUUGAGAACGGGAAGGGUCUUUGGGUUAGAAGUUUUACAUUCAUUUGCCGUUUUGUUACACAAAUUGGUCCCUGCGUUGUAGUCUAAUUUAAUUUCUGUAGACUCUAACAUUGCAGCAUUAGUGCUACAGCAUCUAUUUCAAUGCUAAAACAUCAUAGCGUAGCCUUAAAAAAGGCACUAUUUAUAAUAUAAAAUAGAAUAGGCUCGAUAAGGUAAUACUUGGCUAAAACAGCCUUUAAAUCGUCUAUUUCUGCAGAUUCCUCAGAUUAUUUAAUUCUACGUUUAUUAACAUGCAAAAAUAAUCAGAAGUACUUUUGUUGAACUCUGACAAGGGAAAGACCAUUGUUUCUUUGUGUGUGCAAUGUAAUGGCCUCUCUUACUAUUAUUGGAGCCAAUACCAGUGGCAGUAAGCGGGUGCUGUGGAGCCGUUCCAGGAGCUGUUGAGGUGACCGAAGGACGGGCUGGAGCCAUGUCACAUCACGGUCACCUUCCUCGAGGACGCCUGUGGAACCCUGAAUCCACGGUAUGCUGCUCCUGCUCUGAGAAAGUGCGAGGGACAACUCAAGGGCCUGACCUUCCGCAGCCUGAACACACUGUUGAUUUUUGCAAUAUUUAAUAUAUAAGGCUGUGGAGGUGUUUUCCAGGUAUGUCACUUGAAUUUCCGGUAAUAAACAGCAGAAAAGGUCUUCAUGUUGUAAGUUCAGAAAUCUUUGAUUUGAGAGAUGUUGAUAUUUAACAGAAAAUAGUAUUCAUCUGACAGCUUAUAUUUUGAUCGAUGUUUUACUGAGAUAAACACAAUACAUACAUGCAUAAUCAGUAAUGUUUCAUAAAAUUAUAGCAGAAAGAGGCUAAUACUCAGUACAGAUGACUUUAUGUAAAUCAACCUUCUAAAAAUAAAACACAAAAGAUUGUUCUACGUAGAAACAUCAACUGGAAUUCUUUAAUAAAGUUAUUUAUUAUUUA